AUGCAGCGGCUACCGCACAGCCAGUGUGGACAUCAAGUAUGUUCCUGGUGGUGCUAUGGAUUGCAAUGCUCCUGCUGGCUUUGCGUUUCUUGUCACCUUGUUUUUGCAAGAUGUGUUGCGUGGGUGUAUUCUGACUGCGCUGGACUUAGGCUGCAUGUGGCUACAAUACUUCGUUCCCGCAUUGAUGCACCAACUCUGGCAUGGUUUGGCAUACUAUGCUCCUCGUGGGUUGCAACAUCUCGUGGCUCUAUUUUCAGAACUUGGCUAGUUCCUGAGGGUGUUUCAGGGCCUGCAGUGGAUGAGGGCAAUUGCAUGGCAGCCAGGUGCAGCUUCCUCUUCCUGCUGAUCCAUGCCCUUGGAGGGGUUUGGGCUCUUGAGCAACCACGUUCCUUGCUGCUGAUGCAGUAUGGGCGUAUGCGAGAUGUAGCUGCCAGGAUUCAGGUCUAUGAUGUUGCCUUUUGGAUGGCAGGUUUUGGUGCCAAAACACCCAAGAGGUCAAUGUUGUGGUCAAACAGCAUUGGCUGCAUGCAUUUUCAGACACCAAAGCUCUCUAUGAAAAAGGCCAAGUUGCUGAAGGAUGUGGACUUUGGAGAGCCGGUGAUGAAAUAUGUCCACAAGGGCAAGAAAUGCUGGAAGGGAACGCGCUGGCUUACAGCAACUGGGAUCUACACUCGCCUUUUUGGGAAGCACAUUGUGGAGGUGUUCAAAAGGAACCACAUGAAGCCACCUGUGAGUGACUUUCCCUUGAAGGCUUCCAUGCAGGAGGCGCAGGAAGCCUUCGAACAAGAGAGUUUUGAUGAUUUGGUUGCAGAUGGGCGCCUGAUAGAGGUGAUUAGAUACCUGCGGUCCUUGAAAGGGCUGAAGAUUCCGGAGUCUUGGAGGCCACUGGUGCCCACCAAACUCUGA